UGGCAAAGACAUUUUCUCUAGGAACAAAAAUGCCUGUUAAUGACCCAUGUGUUGGUCCAGAUGUAGACAAUACAGAUUUUCGAUACUUUAUCUAUGCAGUGACAUACACUGUCAUUCUUGUGCCAGGUCUCAUAGGGAACAUAUUAGCCUUGUGGAUAUUUUAUGGCUAUAUGAAAGAAACCAAACGGGCUGUGAUAUUCAUGAUAAACUUAGCCAUUGCUGACUUACUACAAGUUCUCUCCUUACCACUGAGGAUCUUUUACUACUUGAAUCAUGACUGGCCAUUUGGGCCUGGCCUCUGCAUGUUCUGUUUCUACCUGAAGUAUGUCAAUAUGUAUGCAAGCAUCUAUUUUUUGGUCUGCAUCAGCGUGCGACGAUUUUGGUUUCUCAUGUACCCCUUUCGCUUCCGUGACUGCAAACAGAAAUAUGACCUAUACAUCAGCAUUGCUGGAUGGUUGAUCAUCUGCCUUGCCUGUCUGCUCUUUCCUCUCCUGAGAACCAGUGAUGACACCCCAGGCAACAGAACUAAAUGCUUUGUAGAUCUUCCUACCAGGAAUGUCAAUCUGGCCCAGUCUGUUGCCAUGAUGACCAUUGGCGAGUUGAUUGGGUUUGUCACUCCUCUUCUGAUUGUCCUAUAUUGUACCUGGAAGGCUGUUUUAUCACUGCAAGAUAAAUAUCCUGUGGCCCAAGACCUUGGAGAGAAAAAGAAAGCCUUGAAGAUGAUUUUAACCUGUGCAGGAGUGUUCUUAAUUUGCUUUGCACCUUAUCACUUCAGUUUUCCUUUAGAUUUCCUGGUCAAGUCCAACAAAAUUAAAAGCUGCCUAGCCAGAAGGGUGAUUCUGAUAUUCCAUUCUGUUGCUCUAUGUCUUGCUAGUCUGAAUUCCUGCCUUGACCCAGUCAUAUAUUACUUCACCACUAAUGAGUUCAGAAGACGGCUUUCAAGACAAGAUUUGCAUGAUAGCAUCCAACUCCAUGUGAAAUCUUUCGUGAGCAAACAUACUGCUUCUACUCUGACAACUGAAUUAUGCCAAAUAAAAAACUGAAUGUGGCCUGAAAUGGAAAUAUAUCAGAACACAUUUGUAAUACUCUAAGCUACUGGGAAGUAAUCACAGGAAGAACUGAUAGCUUUUUAGUUAUGCUCUGUCUUACCUAUAUGAGAAAUUUACAUCUUUAUAACAGAAUCUAUUUAGAGCAUUAUACUCUACCAUCACUAAUGUUGACAUGUCCAUGUAGUAAUUUGCCA